CUCGAAGGACAAGCACGAAGAUGGCUCGAAGCACUGGCAGCAGCAGCAGAGACAGCGGCAACAGUGGUGUUGGUGUGGGUGCACGGGUUGGUGGGCUGCUGAACCUGCUGCUGUGUGGGCUGGGCGCCGUGGCCACGCUGGCAACGCUGCUGGUGUUGACGCUACAUGUGCUUGAGGCACCGCCUGCUGUAAGCGUGGUGGGAUCGCCAGAUGACCUGGCGCAAGCAUGGAGCGCCGAAGCAACCAAGAACAGCACCAGCACCUCCACCACAGCCAGGAUCACCAACCGCGUCCUGUCCGUGCUGGCAGCGUUCACGCAACUGCCAAACACGUUUCCCGCAAAGGCGCGCUUCCUUCACGCUGACUCCGUCUCUGACACGCUGUUUCAUGAUGGGAUUUUGUUGGCUUGUUUCUGCGUGGUGCACUCCCUCCUCGCGCACCGCGAACUCAAGCAGCUGCUCCACCGUUGGCACCGACCUUUGUACAUCCUCGUGUCCUGCUUUGCCAUGCAGGUUGUGUAUCAGCGCUGGAUGAUUGGCCCGGAGAUGGUGACGGUCACGGUCGUGAGUGCGAAGACGCUGUUUUGGAUUCGCGUGGCUGCCCUGUCGUCCCUUGCCUCCAUCAUCCUCUGCGAUGACACCAUGGACCUCUUUGGCCUUCGACAGGCGUUGUUGAACCUCAGAAAUCGGCCCGUGUACAGAAAGGCAAAGGCCUUGCAGGAUUUGGACAUUUCCAUUCGUCAUCGUCCCUUCCUGUCUGUGCUCUGUCUCCUCCUCGCAUAUCCAGCCAUCACAGCGGACCAACUCUGCUUGGCUGUCACCUUCGUUGUCUACGCUGCCCUUGGGUUCCGCGUCACGGAGGCCAACGCGGACUAUGUUGGGGAACGACUUGCCGCCAAAUUCAAACGUGCACGGGCGGUUGCCGGGCUGUGAUGGCCACGCACACUCCACACACUCUUGGUGGCGUUUGUGCUGUGCGUCGUGCAUCGCCGCUCGAGUGAAAGAGAGAGGGGGGGGG